GACACACUGAGGCAGCAGUAAUAUUUUGUGAAUUGGUUAACCGCGUUAGCAAGCCUAAUCAAGCCUAAUCAUUGGUUAACCACGUCAGCAAGCCUGGGACUAACAUCUGGCUCUGGUCUUCAGGAGCGACAUUUACGAGUGUAGAACUGUUCGUUACCAUUGGUAGGAGCGCUCCGAUGUCUCAGCACCGCGUCUGCAGUGCCUGUGGACCGCUCUCUCUCGCAGCUCAUCUCUGUGGUUUCCGUUGUGUUUUAUCCGGAAUUAGCGGAACUUCCGGUUCCGGUAGGGCCGUCCCUAGCGGCGGAGAUGGCGGCUACAACGGCGGAGGCCGCGGCCUCAAGCUCUGGAGGACCCCGGGAAGAGGCUGAAGCCCCCGGCCCCUCCUGGAAUGAGUCCCAGCUGCGUAGUUACAGCUUCCCGACCCGGCCCAUCCCGCGUCUGAGUCAGAGCGACCCCCGGGCGGAGGAGCUUAUCGAGAAUGAGGAGCCUGUGGUGCUGACCGACACAAAUCUUGUGUAUCCUGCCCUGAAAUGGGAUCUCGAAUACCUGCAAGAGAAUAUUGGCAACGGAGACUUCUCUGUGUACAGUGCCAGUACCCACAAGUUCUUGUACUAUGAUGAGAAGAAGAUGGCUAAUUUCCAGAACUUUAAGCCAAGGUCUAACAGAGAGGAAAUGAAAUUCCAUGAGUUUGUUGAGAAACUGCAGGAUAUACAGCAGCGAGGAGGGGAAGAGAGGUUGUAUCUGCAGCAAACACUCAAUGACACUGUGGGCAGGAAGAUUGUCAUGGACUUCUUGGGUUUUAACUGGAACUGGAUUAAUAAGCAACAGGGAAAGCGUGGCUGGGGGCAGCUGACCUCCAACCUGCUGCUCAUAGGCAUGGAAGGGAAUGUGACGCCUGCUCACUAUGAUGAGCAACAGAACUUCUUUGCUCAGAUAAAGGGCUACAAGCGAUGCAUUUUAUUCCCUCCGGAUCAGUUCGAGUGCCUCUACCCUUAUCCUGUUCAUCAUCCCUGUGACAGACAAAGCCAGGUGGACUUUGACAAUCCUGACUACGAGAGGUUCCCCAAUUUCCAGAACGUGGUUGGUUAUGAAACAGUGGUUGGUCCCGGUGAUGUUCUUUACAUCCCAAUGUACUGGUGGCAUCAUAUAGAGUCAUUACUAAAUGGGGGGAUUACCAUCACUGUGAACUUCUGGUAUAAGGGGGCCCCUACGCCUAAGAGAAUUGAAUAUCCUCUCAAAGCCCAUCAGAAAGUGGCCAUAAUGAGAAACAUUGAGAAGAUGCUUGGAGAGGCCUUGGGGAACCCACAAGAGGUGGGGCCCUUGUUGAACACAAUGAUCAAGGGCCGAUACAACUAGCCUGCCAGGAGUCAAGGCUUCCUGCCAGGUGACCGCUAGCCCGUCCACACCGCUUCAUUGAUGAGGACAGGAGACUCCAAGCACUAGUAUUGCACGCAGCACUUAAUGGACUGGACUCUUGCCAUGGCCCUGGAGGCAGGUGUUUGGGGCAAGGCAGGGUGGUUGGAGCUCCACUCCCAUUUGGAGGAAUUUCAUACCCUUGCCUCUGUGCCCCAGCACCUUCCCUCUAUACCCCUCUAAAGUCCUGCAUUCAGUGUGUGGAGUUCCAGCUUCUGGUUGUCAUCAUGUCUGUGUGUGUCAGUGUGUCAACCUCAGGAUGUGUGUGUGCAUGUGUGUGCAUGCACAUGCAUUGUGUAUUUGUUCCUCACACCCUUCUUUUAGGUCAGGACCCCACUUCUGGCUCUCAGCCCUAUCUCCUGCAACCUGUGUGCCUCAGCCCGAGAGAGAGGAGGUGCUCUGGGAUGCCCACUACAUCUGGGCUGCAGGACCAGAGCUGUCCUGGCCUUUAGGUCAGUUGGCUUCCUGCAGGUUUCACAGAGUCAGGCUCUAGGCUGUGUGGGAAUGGCUACUGGGAUUCUAAUGGGGAGAGUGAAAAGGAGGCUUGCUUUGAGGGCCUAGAGAGCUUUCUAUGAGAGAAUUAGGUUCCAACUUGGACCUUCAUGUCAAGCCAUAUAUAGAAAAGAGCCUUGGGAUACAAGAGCCAAGGAUUAUGCAUGUUUAAAAUUUUAGACACAUGCAGCUCUCUUUCAGCACCAGCUCUUGCUCCCUGUGCUGGGUACCAAGGGAGUCCUAGCAGAGGCUUCUCUGGGUUCUAGGGGAGCACAACUCCGCAGGGUGUGUGUGCGCAUGCACACUGGCCUGCCUCUGUGCUUACCAAGUUUCUCUGCUGCUUAAUCUUGUCCAGGGGAUAUACAGUGGGAACCCCAGGGCAGUACCCCCUGACCAAACCUAAAGAUUUUAAACUCAAUUUUAGCCAUUGGACGUUGGUCAGGACUCACUGCAACCUGCCUGAAUGAGGCUGGCUGGCUGGCCUCCUCUGCCCAGGCUACCUCCUCUGUCUGUGGAGCUUCCUGGCUGAGGAGCAAAAAUGGGGUCCAGCUUAGGCAACUAAGUCACCGCCUGUCAUCCACCUCACGGCAAGGACAAAAAUGUAGCCUUGUCUCUCAAAGCCAGUGCCUCUGCCAGACCCACUGCAGUGUUUCACAAACACCCUCCCAAGUCAGGGCAACUGGUGGAUCACAGAAGUAAAAUUUCUUCUUCACAACUACUCAUGGGAACCCCUCUCAGGGCUGCAGCUUAACAACUGGGCAGCUGUGCACUGCACAACUCAGAGAGCCAUCAUUCACAUCUGUUCAGUGGGAGCGGGGCCCCUGGAGUUGGGAAGUACGGUGGGCCUGUGUCUUGUCACCUCCACUUCCAUCUCCAUGUCCCUUCUCUCUGGAAGGAAAGAAGAGUUGGAGUCUCUGGGUUUAUGUUUUCUCUUUCUCUUUUUUUGGCCAAAGGUUUACUUCUGGUGUCUGAGCUAUGGCUCUUACCCCCAAAGCUCAGUUUACAGUUAGUGCACUGAUGGACUGCGAGGGUGUGUGUGUGUGUGUGUGUUUCAUGAAGGGUGUUUAUCUGUAGUGCUCCAUUCUGGGGUUCUGUGAUGCAGUGUGUGCACAAACAUGGUACCUUCUCAAGUGUAGUUCUUUCAAAUACAGCCAAUGCUGGGAAAUGCGAUUGCAGCAAUUUCUAUCCCUCCUUGGGGAAAGACAAGUGCACAAAGAAAACAAGGCAGAUGGAGGAUGACCUUGACCACAACCACAAUUUGAAAGACAGCAGAUUGUUUUUGUUCUCCUCAGCAGGUCUGCUUCACUGCCGACUCUACUCGCAAAGAUGCGGGUUGAUGUAUGGCAGGGAGGUGUGUGCCACUCUGCUGGUCCUUGCUGGGUGCGAUGCUGACAUAGAUCGGACCUAAGGGGAUGGAGGGGCAUACCUGCACAGGAUUGGUAAUGAUCCUUGGGUAAUAUAAUAGUGACUGCUGAUUAGACACCUAAUGUGUGUGCCUAGUGCUUUUAUCUUUGUUUCUCACUAUCCUGUGAGGUGGGUAUUCUCAUUUUACAGCUAAGGAAAAGGGUUCAGAGAGGUUAAGUGAUCAGUGGCAGGAUUCCAAUCUAGUUCUGUUUGGCUACAAACCCCCUGCUGCUCCUUUUCAACCAAACUGGUGCUGCUUUUACCCCCUCCCCUGCACUGCAGGCCAGCCUCCACUCUCACCCCCACUGUGUGGUACAGAAGAUAUGUGUUGUCUGGUGUAGAAGAUAGAGCAUGGGGAGAAAGCUCUUCUGGGUUCUGUCUAAAGACAUCUGGGGAAAACUGGGAAGCCAUGAAAUGAGUUAAGAGUGCUGGAAGGAGCUUUGGGUAGACUGAGUUCUACAUCCCGUUGUGUCCCAGUGUGUCUUCAAAUAGGUCCCAUGACUUGUCCAGCAUGCUUCUGCAUCAAUACAAUUGAAGAUCUAGGUGACUACUAAGAACCUGGAUUCAUGUUCUGCGCUCCUUUUUCCCCCAGGAAGAGGUUGAGGCUCUUCAUUUAACUAGAUCAGGGCUAUUUGGGCUCAAAUUCUCCUUGGGGCAAACCCUGUUGCUUAUCCCUAUUGUGGAGGCAGACACCAUGGGAAGGUCGGGGUUUGGGCCCCUAUGGAGGUCGGCUAUGUUGCAUGCUCCCCUUUUUACACCAGUAGGUACAGAGGAAACUACUCUUGUGAAGUCAAAUAUUUGUUGGGGGGUUGGAGUUUGGGGAAUGGAGGAGGAGCUGUUCUGGGCAUCAGUUGAACAGAUGCCCAGGAUGCCUGGGGGAGACCAGCUUCCCCUACAAAUCAGAGCUCUAAAUUACAAGGUUUUUACCAACGCGAACAGUUGGGGGAAGUCGUCUGCUCUCAUUUGCGUAAUGGUUUCUGUCACUGGUGAUUAGACACAGGAUGAAGGAAAAGGAAUUUGACAAUUAGGAAUGAGUGAUCAUUAAUCUGAAUCUGUUAGGAGACAGAGGGGAAGGAUCCUUAUUGGCCAGCCCGGUAUGGGGGAGACCCUCCCUCUGCACCCGCCGCCCCCCCCCGCCCCGAGACUCUUGGGUCACCUGCCCUUUUAUUGUACCCACAAGCAGGCUGAGCUGGUAUUUCUUAAGAAAGAAUAGGUGGGCCCAGUCCCCAGCUUGAGGUGAAUACAGGAACACAUCUACAGGCAUGAGCCAACAUGGAGAGAGGGAUGUGAAGAGCAAAUGAUGGGGCAAAGAAAAAGGUAUAGUUUUGACAUGUGCUGUUUGUGGAAAACGCUCUUGUAAUCAACUCUCCAGACAACCAGCCAAUGGCAAGUAUUUGUUACAUUCCAACACUGCAGAGUGUGGAGAAAACCUGGUUUUUAUCUUCUAGGAGCUUCUGCUUAGUUGAAGAAACCACAUGAAGUAACCAGAGGUUGUGAAACCAUGUGUUUGCAUGCUGUGAGGACAAAAUUAGAGAUUGUUGAGGGAAGAGGAAGAUCAGUAAAAAGCAGAUCUCUUCCUCCAGGGUCCUCCAAGUUUGUGGACUCCACAGGGAAGGAUGCUUCCCUCUCGGCCUCCCAGCAACAUUGAUUUCCCCCCACAAAGGGUGCUGAGGCCCCUUCCUAGGUGUGUGAGCAGGUGAUUAGAUUAACUUAAAGGCUGCAUCUUGGGUGUGGAGAGUCCCAGCUUGGAUCUUCUCAGGUCUCCACAUUUCCUGUCAUCCCUCUGUGUCUUGGUGCAGACUUCAAGGACAGUAUUAGUUUGCACCAGUUGGUAGUUAUUCCUGUCUGGUUACCUGUAUGUAGUGGGUUCCUUAGGUCAGAGGCUCCCUCGAGGAUUGGGUGCAGGUGUGGCAGUAAGAUGGUUGUCUUCUCUUGGAAUGUUAACUUCCCGAGGAUGGGACUCCCGUUGGUAAAUUCCCUAUCUUUGGCUUCCCUUCACAGUCCAGUGCACAGUUUAGUAGGGCUGCAGGAAAUGGCCCUCAGUUUUAAGAUAGACCAGUUUUACUCAAAACAGUAGAUGCUGGGAUGCACCUAGAAGUGGCUCAUGGUGUUCCUAAGGCCCUGGCUUAAUUUCAGCCAUUGUCCCUCUUUGGGACCUCUAGUGCUUGUCCUCCCAUCUCUGCCCAUGUGUCUGGUGUCCCUGCAAACAGUCUGUUCUUAAGAGGUGUUCCAACUUCCCCUUUCCAGAGCUCCUUCAGUUUCUCCUACUUAGCUUCCCCUGCCCUGUCUCUUCAGCAGCCCCUUCGCCUAGGGCCUUUUUCCUAAACAGUUGCCCUUUUCUCAGAUGUUCCUGACUGCGAGCAUGUGGAUAGACUUUCUCUAGGAUCUCUGGGGUUAUUGCUACUAACCUUACUGUCAUCUUCCUUUUCUGACCCGCAGUAGUUCUGGUUACCUGGGGUUAGUCCAUUUGUGUGUGUGCUCUGUCCUCUCGUCAUUUUCUGUAUCUUUUCUAACUCGGCUAGCUCUUUCUGCUAGUCUUCAGCCAUCUCUCUCUAACCCUCACAGGUCUUGGGGAAGCCCUGCUGAAAACUUAGUGCAUUUCUGGGGGAUAAAGCCUCAGACACUGGCAGCCUUGAGUCCCAGGGGUGUAUGGUCAGUGAUGCCUCCAGAGAUGAGUGAGGGGAGGGUACCUAGAGAGUUGUGCACAGUGGCGAGCAGUGAGGGGGACUGGGCAGGAGCCUCCGCAGGAGUGGGGCCAGGCAGGCCAGGGUGGAAGAACCAAAGUUUGUUUCCAUCUAGAGGCAUCUGUGUGCCGUAGGGUCCAGCUUGUCAGGGAUGGGGGGAUUGUGUGACUGUCUCCUAGUUUCUCAGGUGUUUUUGGCAAUGCCCUGAGUCACUGAGUUUAGCUUACCUUUGCAUUUCAGUGUUCCCUGGAAGGAAAGAGCAUGUUGAGUCGUCACCUGCCAGGAGUGGAGAUCUUAGGUGAGAUAGGCCCAGGAGGCUGGGUCAGGAGGCCACGGCCCCACCCAAUGGUCAGUUUAUACCCAGACUGUCCCUUCAGUCCUCCAGGUGCUUGAGGACAGUAGCUGAUUACGGGCCUCCUCAUCUCUCCUACCUAAAAGCUGGUCUGUGGGUGACAUUUUGGGCAGGAGAAGGUGUCCUUGAACGUGAAUGUGAAACAUCCUAGCACGGCGUUUAAAAGAACGGAUUUGGGAGUCAGAUGUUUUUGGUUCUGGUUUUUAGCUUUACUGCUUUGCCAGCUGGGUUUGACCUAGUUGAUUGACUUAACCUCUCUGAACCUGCUUCCUCAAUUAUAAUGGUAUGUGUGGUGGAGAAGGGGGGUGUUGAACAUAUCUACCUCAGGGUAGUUGCAUUAACUGAAACAAUGUAAAGCUUUAGCACAGUGCCUGGCAAGCACUUAAUAAAUGGCAUGGUGGCGGUGGUGGUUCUGUUA